AUGGUUGAGCCUCCAGCCCAAAACUUCAUCACAAACCAAAUGAACACCACCGCAGUUUUUGUCUACGGCCUUAUCCCACAAAUAUUCGCUUACGCAGUGAACUUCCCAAUACAAAAAUUCCUCCGAUCUCAACGCAUUGUAACCCCAAGUGCGUACAUAUCCACAGCUACGCUUGUGGUGCACCUACUCUUAAGCUGGCUCGCUGUAUACAAGUUGGACAUGGGGUUGAUUGGUGCAUCAUUGGUGCUGAGCUUGUCGUGGUGGAUCAUGGUAGUGGCUCAGCUCGUGUACAUCUUGAUCAGCGACAAGUGUAAGCAGACUUGGACUGGUCUUAGUUUGCUGGCAUUUUCUGGUCUUUGGGAGUUCCUGAAGUUGUCCACUGCAUCGGCUGUGAUGUUGUGCUUGGAGACAUGGUAUUUUCAGAUACUGGUGUUGGUUGCUGGGUUGCUCAAAAACCCCGAGCUUGCUUUGGAUUCUCUUGCUGUAUGCAUGGCGAUUAAUGGGUUGUUGUUCAUGGUUUCAGUAGGGUUUAAUGCGGCAGCAAGUGUGAGGGUGAGCAACGAGCUGGGGGCUGGCAAUCCCAAGUCAGCCGCAUUCGCUGUUAUAAUAGUCAAUUUGGUUUCUUUCAUUGUUGCGAUAAUAGAAGCAGUGGUUGUGCUUGCACUACGGGAUGUUAUAAGUUAUGCCUUCACCAGCGGUGAGACUGUGGCUAAUGCAGUCUCGGAUCUCUGUCCAUUCUUGGCGGUCACUCUCGUUCUCAAUGGGAUUCAACCAGUCUUAUCUGGGGUGGCUGUUGGAUGUGGAUGGCAAGCAUUCGUGGCGUAUGUAAAUGUGGGAUGCUAUUACGUGGUUGGAAUACCUUUGGGUUGCCUUCUCGGCUUUAAGUUCGACCUUGGCGCUAAGGUGGAGAUUUCUAGGAGUCGAUUGGACAAAUGGGAGGAAAAGAAGGAGCCACUAAUGAAGAACCGAUGA